UUCCUCAUGGAGAUACCCAUCACUCCAAGCCUUGAAAACCCAACAACACCAAAAGACUACAACUUGCUGAUUAAGCAACACGCCCGCCUCAAAAAUGACCAUGCAAUCCUCUCAGCCUAUGCCCACAUGGAAUCCCUACGACUCUCCCCAAACAGCUCCUCCCUCCCUCUCGUCCUCAAGGCCUGCGCGCGCCUUAAAGCCGUCAAGACAGGGAAGCGAAUCCACUCGAGUCUUUGCAACCCGGGUUUCGACAGAGAUGUAAGAAUUGGGACCGCCCUCGUUGACUUCUACUGCAAAUGUGGGCUCACUGACGAUGCAGUCAAGGUGUUCGAUGAAAUGCCUGAGAGGGAUUUGGUUGUGUGGAAUGCUUUGAUUCAUGGCUGCGUUGGGUGCGGCUGUUAUGAGGAGGGUGUGGAGUUGUUUAGGGAGAUGCAGGGGGAGGGGUUGAAGCCGAACUCGCGCAGUGUGGUGGCGUUGCUUUUGGCGUGUAGGGAGGUUUCGGGGUUGGGGUCCGGCAAGGAGGUGCAUUGUUAUGGUUUGAGGAAUGGGUUGCUUGAGGGGGAUGCUCAUGUGGGGACUGCUUUGAUUGGGUUUUAUGUGAGAUUUGAUGUUGGGUUGUCGCGGCUUGUGUUUGAUUCGAUGGCUGUGAGGAAUGUUGUUAGUUGGAAUGCAGUGAUUACAGGGUAUGUUGAUGUUGGGGAGUAUUUGAUGGCGGUGGAGCUUUUCGUGCAGUUGCUUGGGGAUGGGGUCAGGUUUGAUUCUGUCACGAUGUUGGUUGUGGUUCAAGCUUGUGGGAAAAUUGGAUGUGUUGAAUUGGCCAGGCAAAUACAUCAGAUAGCUGUGAAGUGCAGCUACAGCAGUGAUGUCUUCGUGGUAAAUGCAUUGUUGAAUAUGUAUAGUGAGUGUGGAUGUUUUGAGUUAUCGCGUGCAUUGUUUGAAACUGCCCUAAACCGUGAUGUAGCUAUGUGGAAUUCCAUGCUGGCUGCAUACAGUGGAUAUGGUUUAUAUGAGGAAGCUAUAUAUUUAUUUUCGAGAAUGAGAAUAGAAGGAAGUAAGGAAGAUGAGCGAACUGUUUAUAUAUUGUUAUCCUUGUGUGAAGAAUUAUCUGAUGGCUUGAGAGAAGGCAAAGGCUUGCAUGCUCUUGCGCUCAAGAGUGGGAUGGAAAUCAAUGUUUCUUUGGGAAAUACAUUGUUAAGUAUGUAUGCUAAUUUUGACUCUGUUGAGUCUGUUCAGAAGGUUUUUUCUGAGAUGAAAGGUUUAGAUGUUAUCUCGUGGAACACUCUUAUCAGGGCAUUGGCCUGCAAUGGUUUGCGAGAUGAAGCAUGGGAAGCAUUUGGUGUUAUGCGAGAAUCUGGAACGAAGCCCAACCCGCACACCAUCAUAUCUGUCCUUGCUAUUUUUAAAGAUGCAACAUUUCUAAAUACAGUGCGAGCAAUUCAUGGUUUUGUAACGAAACAAGGUAUUGAAGUUGACCUAUCUUUGAACACUGCACUGACAGAGAUAUACAUGAAAAGCGGUGAUGAAGCAGCAGCUAGGACUCUAUUUGAGGGCUGCCCUCACAGGGAUGUGAUCUCAUGGAAUGCUAUAAUUGCCAAUUACGUCAGGAUUAAUGAUAGCAACGGAGCUCUGUUACUUUUCAAACGUAUGAUUUCAGAAGUGAAACCCAACUCUGUCACGAUCAUAAGUAUUCUCUCAUCGUGUACCGAAAUUGCAUCUCUGCCUCUUGGUCAAUGCUUGCAUGCUUAUGCAACAAGGAGACACUUCUCGUUUGACUUUGAUUUAUCUCUUGCAAAUGCUUUUAUAUCGAUGUAUGCUAGAAGCGGUAGUAUGCAAUAUGCUAACAAGAUCUUUAAGAGUUUACCAACGAGAAAUAGUAUCUCAUGGAAUGCCUUGAUAACUGGCUACAGCAUGCAUGGUCAGGGAUAUGAUGCUAUUCUUAUGUUCCAACAAAUGUUGGAGGAAGGUUUCCAACCAUAUUGUUCGACUUUUGUAGCUGUUCUAUCUGCUUGCAGGCAUUCUGGUAUGAUAGAGAUGGGAUUGAAGCUUUUCCACACUAUGGUACAUGAUCUUGAGAUAACGCCCAAGCUUGCUCACUAUGGUUGUGUAGUUGACCUUCUUUGUCGUGCAGGCCGCUUAGAUGAAGCUAGAGAGUUCAUUGAGUCAAUGCCUAUAGAACCAGAUGCAUCAGUGUGGAGGGCUUUGCUCAAUGGUUGUCAAGUAAAUUGUGCGACAAAUAAGUUAGCUGAAGAAAUUUUUGUGAAACUGGUGGAAUUGGAACCCAUGAAUGCAGGGAAUUAUGUUCUGCUAUCUAAUGUAUACGCUGCAGCAGGUCUGUGGCUAGAGGUCAGAAAGGUAAGAACCUUGCUGAGGGAAAAGGGUUUGAAAAAACCCCCAGGAACAAGUUGGAUUAUUAUUAAAAGUCAGGUCCACUAUUUCGUCGCCUCAGACACAUCACACCUUGAUUCAAACAGAAUUUAUGAAUGUUUAAAUUCUCUGUCAGCCUUAACCAGAGAAAUUGGUUAUAUUCCUGAUUUAUUGCGUGAAGAAGAGAUUUAAGCUAAAAGAGGUGACAGUAUCUUGCUUUUUUCAUAUAUUUGAGGGUUGGGAUGGGUUCCAUUCAUGAAUGU